CAAGCAGGCGAUGUUUUUACUAGCUCUCUCUAAAAUCAAAUCUAUAGUCACAACUUCAUAUAUAUUUCUAUAGUCUAUAUAUAUAAUUUCUGUAAAUCUGGUUAUAUUGCAGUCAUGCCGAUGAAUGGACAGGCAGGCGGACAAAAUGGACGCAAACGCCGUGAUAAUGAAGAUUUCUCGGUGAAGCUAUCCACCAUUCGGAUCUGGAUGCACGAGAAGGACAUCGGCAAGCUCACUCGCAUUUUGUGGGCGGGCCAAGGGAAUCGGCUCAGCCAACAGGCCAGCAACAAUGGGCGGGUGAAGCGCUUCCUGGCCGCCGUUCCCCAUGUCAUGAAUGCCAUCAAGGAUCUGCACCAGGCUGUCAUAGAUAACAAUCUGGAGAAUGUGCAGUCACAUUUGGAGCCACCGGUACCUAGUGCCUUGGUCACCUGCAAGGAUGGCAACGGUCUCAAUGUGAUUCACAAGGCCGCUGGCCUCGGGCACACCAAGAUCCUGGAGUAUCUGGUGGGCAUUUGGCCGGAGGGUGCCCACGAGACGGACAUCACGGGCAAGACGCCGCUCCACUGGGCCGCCAGUGCCAAGAACAACAUGCGAUGCUACACCCUGCUCACCCAAGCGGGCUGCGAUGAGGAGGCCGUCGACUAUAAAAUGAAGACACCUUCGUACUAUCGCCACAAACCGCACGAAAUCGAGCGAGCCUUCCUGGUUUAUGUGCCGGAUGCGCCGCGUGUCUCCCCCGACAGCGUCACCGAUUGGGAGGCCCUGAGUGAUGAGACUGGUGGUGACAGUAUCGCGGGUGGCGAUUCCAGUUCCAAGAAAAUGGACAUGAAGAUGGCGCCGGUGGGAAAUGGUCGAAAGUCUCUGGACGACAGCCUUGAGAACGCCUCGGAGCUGGACACCAACGAUGGUACGAGUGCCAAUGAGGAUGACGAUCUGUCCAAGGCGGAUGCGGAGCCGGAAGUUGAGGCCAUUGCAUCGCCAUUGCAGCGGCGACCGGAAACGCCGGGCACCUUCAACACAAUCAAUGGUAACGGCAAUGGCGAUCACGAUAAUGAUGACAGCAGCGAGGCCGAGAAUAUUGCAAGAGCUAUAAGCGGAGACGAAGGCGAAGGCGAUGAGAAUGGAGGCGGAGAUGCAGCGAUCCUGGAGAAUGGCAACAAUAACGAAUCCGAAGAGGAGAAGGAGGAGUCUCAAGCUGAGGAGGAUGAGUUGCCAGCGGCGACCGAGGGCGUUGAGGACAUAGAGCAACCCGAAGAGUCGGCUACAGAGAGUGAGCUAGAAGGAAACAAAAAGACUGAAGUGGAACUGGAACCGGAAGAGGAGCUAGAACAGGCUGCUCAGAAGAAGCCCGCAGAGGGUCAGGAGGAGGAGGAACCCGAGGAACCAGGGGAUGGGGCUAUCGAAAGCAAUGAUGUGGAGAUCCGUAACGAAGACGAUAAAGAGAAUGAAAUCGAUAACGAUGAGCACGAGAACGAGAACGAUGACGAUGAUGAGGUACAGAUGGGCGUGCUCUAAGUGUCCUCGAGCCGUGUUUUGUAGUUUGUUCACGUUUUGUAUGUGCCGUACGCUCAAUCCCAUUUUAUUUCCUC